UUUCUUUUUCUCAAUGCUGUGUGUUUUCUUACUUGGACACAGUAUUCCCUUUGCAUUUUGGCCUGGAUUUCCACAGCUGUGUUUCCUGAUUUAUUUUAGGAGAGUAGCUUACAUAGUUGUAAUUGUGUAUACCAGGAAGAGAGGUGAGUUUUUCUGGGCUGAAUCUUUCUCAGAUUAUAUUUCUGGCCAAUUUUCCUGUUGAGGUGCCUCUCUUCAUUGGCACUAGAAGGUGCUUAUGCAAUUGCUGUGUUUCAGCCAAGCAUGUAGGUGUAACCUGUUACCUUGGCAAGGACUGAGACAUCUCAGCUUCAGUGUCCUGAUCAGAUUUCCUUUGGUAAUUUAAUUCCAACAACUUUUAUUUUUGCCUGUAGUUCCAGAAGUGUGAGCUUCCUUAAGCCAUGGUACUCAAUUGUGUAUUAAUACUGUGUGCUACUGAAUGUCUUUUCUUUAUGUCAGCUGAGAUUAUCACUUUGUGAUAUUAUCUAUAAUCCAAAAAUUUAUGAAGCAAUUUGAAGUGUUUUAGGAUGAAGGUGUGAUAAAUGUAGUUUCUGGUCUGCUGUGCAGGUAGAAAUUUGGAACAGGCUUGUUCUUAUGUUUUCUUACACAAGUGUAGGCAGUGCUAAUCUUUCUAUUUCUGCUUUUUAAAUUACAUCUUGCUUUGCUACUACUAUGUUUUUUGUUUAUGCUCAAAAAUAUGAACUUCUAUGAUUUCUUACAAAAGAACUCAUUUGAGGCUACUGGCUUUCAGUGUUACAUUCUAAAAACAGAUUUGGAAAGCUUAAGAAAUUGUAUAGUUCAUCUCCAAAAGGAAACAUAGCAUUUAUUUGUGUUUCUUUUUUUUUUUUUUUUUCCAUGAUACUUUUGCUUUUGUUGAUGAAAAACAGGUUGUGUAUGUUUAGUUUUGGCAAUGCUUAGAAGUUUACUUUGAAGUGCUUAGGCAAAGUGUUGUUUAGUAUUUGAAAUUAAUGUUCUGUAGAAUCCUUAGCUCUUUGAUGUGUCUGGUUUGGGGAAAAAUUCUUGGAGCUGGAAAGCUUUAGGACUCUAAAACAGGUUUUUUAACCUUUGUCCUCUUUGGAUUUGUGUUUUAAAUGUGUAUCUGGAUACAUGCAUGCACAGAUAUGCACACAGACACUACAAACCUCCAUAUACAUUUUUACAUCUGGUUCUGCUUGUUUUUAACAUGUAGAUAACAUGUUAUAUCUUCAAAGUACUACUAGUUGCAGGAAUUAAAGCUUUCUAGGUGAUGUGGUGUUUCUAGUACAGUUAGAUUUUUACUUUUGAGGAACAGGUUUAUAUGAGCAGCAAAACUUAUUCCGGGUCACCUCUUAAGUUUUAUUUAUUCUUUACCACUGAUGCUUCUCUUGUGAAUUUUUUUUUUCUUUUAUCUCUCCUUUGUGCUGUACAGUGCUGCAUUUGGGCAACAGUGUGCUUCAUAGAGAUUUCCAAAACAUUUGUAAUCAUCUCUUUUCCCCUCACCCCUUCCUUUCCUCUCAGUUGUCAUAGUUCCCUGCUUUUCUUAUCUCUUUUUUCACUGCUGUAGCUUUCAGAUGAUAAUGCAGAGCUCAAGCAGCAGCUGCUGCAUAAUAGCUGCAGCACCACUUAGAGCUGACCUAAUGUGAGAAUAAAUGAACAAAUCUGUGAUUUGCAUGUGGGCUUACCUACAGGAUCUUUUUUUUUUUAGCUUGGGCAUAUGAGGUGUCAUCACUGGAAGGUGAACCGUGGAUGGCCUCCGUGGCUUCCUCUUGCCAGCUGCUCCAGGGAUUGUGCCACACCGGGGAUGGUGGCACAACAAAGCAAGGUGUUGGGAUUCUCAGUGCUUUUUACGAUCACCUGUUCCUAAACAUGAGCUGCUUGUUUUUUCCUACCACUUGUUUAUUCAUGCUCCCGUGGCCAAAACCACUGCAGUGUGUGCAGUAGGAACAGGUGGAGUGACACGUUGUCGUGUCACGCUGUGCUUUGUCAAGCCACUCUGCUCGUGCCCUUUCAUUUCCUCCGGGUGAGAGAGCCAAUGUUCUUGUAAUCUUUUGCACAGGGGGCCCUGAGGCUGCAAAACAGAGCUGGAAAGUGUCCUGCUGGUUUAGUACACACAGCUCAGGGGUUACAGCUUAUUUUGGGGCUGGCUGGUGAGGUUAGCAGCAGCCGCCCUAUCUGUGCUGCACAGAUGCCUGGGCUGCUCCUAAGUCAGCUCCUCAGCUGCUGCAGUGGAUGAUGCAGUACUGUAAGGACAGCUGUCACCUAUUUUUGUCAGAUGAUUUAAGUGUCAGUACUCACUGGGAAUACUGUACCUGUGUAUAGCCAAGGCAGUAGUUUAGCAAGGGAAGACGUUUCUAUUUUACUCUGUUUUAAUGGGUAUAUGAACUUUCUAUGACUGUUAAGAUACAACCUUAUUGAUGCUCUGCUGGUCUAAGGAUACAAGCAAGUUAAGGCUCACAGAAGACGUUUGAAGAAAAUGUGUGUUGGAAGAAAGCUUGACUGAACUAGCCCUGUUUUGUAUUUUUAUUUUCCUGUCUCCAGUUGUACACCUUGCUUUAUCAGGUGAAGUACCUUUAUUUUAAAAAUACUUCCUCUGUAACUGAAUUCUGACUUUAAGGUCUAGAAGGGGGAAAUAAAAUGGUAUGAAGGUUACAUUGAGGCCUUGAAACUGACUGAUUUGAAGAAAAGAAUCUUGCUGCAGGCUUACUGCAUGCUGUAGUCUGCUCUCACCAGGUAUAUUUUCAGCUUUAUUUUCUCAUUUCCUUUUUCUUUCAUCAGGUUCUCUGGUAGCGUUUUUUCCUUUCAUUAGGUACUGGUUGUUGCAGGGAUAGGAGGGAUAAUGCAGGGAUAAGCAUUGUUAUGUUAAUUUUAUUUCCUUAUUGCUAUUACUUGAGAAACACUGAACAGAAGUCUCUAUUCACUGGGAGUUAGUGGUUUAGAUAACUUAAAAUAUCCCUUAUAAUACAUUCAGGGAAUUUUGAAUGUUAUGGAGUUUAAGCAGGUCCAUGCAGAUUUUAGUCUUGUUUGAAAUCAGAGGGUGGAUGUGGUAGUUGAACAGCCACUGUGGAUGAAAUGAAUCUCUAAUGCAUUUUGUUUGGUGUUGAAGAAAUGUCAGUAAUGGAAAAAUUAAAAUGGCUCUCAUGAAGUGAGUUUAAAAACUAUCUUUAUUAAUAAACUUCAUUAUAAUUCCAAAUGCAGAAUGACCAUCCAGUGUAUAUGUUGCUGUAGGGGUUUUGCUGCCAUUUCUAAUCCACCACAUUAUGUAACAUUUCAUUAAUGACCUGGAAGAGGUUAUAACAUUGUUAUCAAUAAAGUGUGUAGCCAGUUUAGAUCUGGGGGCAGAGAAUGCACAUGUAGUUGUGGGAAGCCAGGCUCGUGUGUUUGGAAUUAGUGUGGUGUGUGGAAAGGGAAGCCAGGAUCUAUGGGUGAGGGUAGGCAAUUGGCAGGCCUUGGCAGCGGGUGACCAAAAGUGCCAGAGUGCUCCUGAGUGUUGUUUAUACAGUGUUGUUUAUAGGCCACUGUUAGCCUGAUCUGGUCUGCCUUCAGAACACAGUAUCCAUCUGGGAUACUGUUGUGCUUCAACCCCGUCCAGCCCCAGGCAGCCACACUCUCACUCUUCCCUGCUGGGGUGGGGGUCAGAAUCAGAGAGGCAAAAGUGAGAGAAAACUCCCCAGCUGAGAGAAAGGGAGUGUAAUGGGUACAGCUGUGCAUGCCAGCAAGGCAGAAUGAGGAGUGACUCCAUCACUUCCCAUGAGCAGGUGGAUGGAUGUUCAGCUAUCUCCAGGAGAGCCAGGCUGCACCACUCCUAGUGGUGACUUGGGAAGACAAACAGCCCCACUCUGAGCAUCACCCCAUUCUCCUCCUCUCAUCUUAACGCUUAUGUAGGACAUAUGUGCAUGUGGGUAAUUCUGUGGUAUUUAAAAACAAAGGUGUGUUGGUUAAAGAGCUUGUUCCAAAGAUUUGGCUUAGCUGGGUCCUCAUCUGAUCUGAUUUAUGACGGUUUUAUUCUUGUAUUCCUCCUAAUGUUUAAUCUGACUCUUGGUGGAAGGUAAGGAUUGAAUGAACAAGGGGGUGAAUUUCAUGACAGGUAGAGUCUCUAUAGUUAUAAAUUUUGUUUUCCUGGAAGUUGGGGGCAUAUUGGAAAUAUUUUUUUCCAAAAAGCCCUUUUUAAUGUCUACAUAUACCUGCUGCAUACUGUUCAAAAGAUAUAUCUUAAUAUUUUCAAAGUAAUACCUUUCUAAGUGUUUGCAUUUUUAGGCUUAAAAAGCUGUAAGGAUGUGCAAAUUUGAAUUCAUGUUGUGCUUCUGCUGGGAUAAGGAAAAUGGGUUAUGCCAGUAUUACAGAAGGUAAUAUAGCAUGCAGACCUUAUUAUUUGGUAAUAUAUUGUGUUAUAAAACUUGUUUUAUAAAUUUUGCUUGAUAUUUGGUUCUCAAAAUUUAGCUUUGAUUUUUGCAAUUGAAGAAUUGGGAGUGCUGUGUGGUCGAGGGGGAUUGUUGGUCAUCCAGUGUCACUGAAUGAGAAGUUACUCUUUUUAACAUCAAGAUAAAUUUUGAGUGUCAGUUCUACAGCUGAUUUGUCCAAUAUUACCAGAAUGAAGAUUUCAGGCCACAUGCAAGUCAGACAGACUUCUCUUGAAAACCUGGAGUACACUGUUUGCUCUGGCUACUUGAUGCUCUUACUCUGUUAAAAUUUUCAUUUAUAUUGUGAAAUGAGCAAACCUCUGCUAAGAUGAAAGAAGGGUGUAAGUGUUUGACAGGGGAGUUUUUUGCUUGGUUGUCAUUUUGUUUUGGUGGGGCUUUUGGUUUUUGGUGUUUUUUGUGGGUUGUUUAUUUCUUGGGUUUUUGGUUUGGUUUUGUUAAAUUUUUUUGAGAUAAAGGUUUUAUAAUCAAGAAUUAGCCUCAAAACUUUAGAAUGCUGAUAUUAUUUCCCUCACCUUUUAUGUCUCUAAAGGUUAGUUUUUCCUUAAACAUUUGCUGUGUUAGGAGAAGAUCCCUCUGAAGGGGGUGUUAUGUCCCUCUCCCCCUGUAUUGUAGGCUGCUGCUGAAAAUACUGGCCAUGAGCUGCUGAGGGUGGCUUCCUGUCAGAAUUGCUUCAUGUAAAAUCACAAGGAAGCAAAUGUUUCUUGCAUCCUCCCAUUGUGUUGUUUCCUGUGGAGCAGACUGGAUGCAUGUCCUGGAUACGGGUUUUUUAUGGACUAUACGUGUUGGGAUGAUCCAAUCAAAUUGUUCUUGGUAUCCCCUAUAGUCUGAGCAUAGCAGGAAACGAGGCUUCCUCUCAACCUUUUGUUCUCAAGUUAGCCUGACUUUGGAAAGCUCUUGGCUCUAUCAGAAUCCAGAAUGAAGACUUUUGAUGCAAAUGACCUGUAUCAGGGACAGAAUUUCAGCAAAGUUCUUAGCUCUCUUGUGGCUUUAAAUAAGGUGACUGCAGACAUAGGGCUGGGCAGUGACUCUGUAUGUGCACGUCCCUCAUCUCAUCGGAUAAAAUCCUUUGAUUCUCUGGGAUCCCAGUCUUCACACAGUAGAACUUCAAAACUCUUUCAGGGACAGUAUCGGAGUUUGGACAUGACAGAUAACGGCAACCAUCAGUUGGUGGUGAGAGCCAAAUUUAAUUUUCAACAGACAAAUGAAGAUGAGCUUUCUUUUUCAAAAGGUGAUAUUAUUCAUGUUACAAGAGUGGAAGAAGGAGGCUGGUGGGAAGGAACUUUAAAUGGAAAAACAGGGUGGUUUCCAAGUAACUACGUACGAGAAAUUAAAUCAAAUGAAAAACCAGUCUCCCCCAAAUCAGGUACAUUGAAGAGUCCACCUAAAGGCUUUGAUACAUCUGCAAUUAACAAAAGCUAUUACAAUGUGGUGCUACAAAAUAUAUUAGAAACAGAAAAUGACUAUGCUAAGGAGCUACAAACAAUGCUUUCAAACUACCUGCGACCAUUACAAGCCAGUGAAAAGUUAACCUUGACAAAUACUUCAUACUUAAUGGGAAACCUGGAAGAAAUAAGUUCUUUCCAGCAAAUGCUUGUACAAUCUUUAGAAGAAUGCACCAAGUUGCCUGAAGCUCAGCAGAGGGUUGGAGGAUGUUUUCUAAAUUUGAUGCCACAGAUGAAAAGCUUAUACCUUACAUACUGUGCCAACCACCCAUCAGCAGUAAAUGUUCUUACAGAACACAGUGAGGAACUGGGAGAAUUCAUGGAGAUGAAAGGUGCAAACAGCCCUGGGAUCCUUGUACUGACCACAGGCCUCAGCAAACCUUUUAUGCGUCUGGAUAAAUACCCCACCUUACUCAAAGAGCUUGAAAGGCACAUGGAGGAUUAUCAUCCGGAUCGUCCAGAUAUUCAAAAAUCCAUGACUGCCUUCAAAAAUCUUUCUGCACAAUGUCAAGAAGUAAGGAAACGGAAAGAACUUGAACUGCAAAUACUGACAGAAGCUAUUCGUUGUUGGGAGGGAGAGGAUAUCAAAACACUUGGCAAUGUGAUUUACAUGUCUCAAGUCAUGAUUCAGUGUGCUGGAAGUGAGGAAAAGAAUGAAAGGUAUCUUCUUCUCUUCCCUAACAUUUUGCUAAUGUUGUCUGCCAGCCCAAGAAUGAGUGGGUUUAUCUACCAGGGAAAACUGCCUAUGACGGGAAUGACUAUUACAAAGCUAGAAGACAGUGAAAACCAUAAAAAUGCAUUUGAAAUAUCAGGAAAUAUGAUUGAAAGGAUAUUAGUAUCUUGUAACAACCAACAAGAUUUGCAUGAAUGGGUGGAUCACCUGCAGAAGCAAACCAAAGUCACAACUGUUGGGAAUCCCACCAUUAAACCUCACUCUGUGCCAUCUCACACGCUUCCUUCCCACCCAGUGACUCCCUCCAGCAAGCAUUCAGACAGCAAGCCAAUACCACUGACUCCUGCCUACCACACUCUCCCUCAUCCAUCACAUCAUGGCACUCCACAUACCACAAUAAACUGGGGACCACUGGAACCUCCAAAAACGCCCAAGCCUUGGAGUCUGAGCUGCCUGCGGCCCGCACCUCCACUACGGCCUUCAGCAGCUCUUUGCUAUAAAGAGGAUCUCAGUAAAAGCCCUAAAACCAUGAAAAAGCUGCUUCCCAAACGCAAGCCAGAGCGGAAGCCAUCAGAUGAGGAGUUUGCACUGAGAAAAAGUACAGCUGCUUUAGAAGAAGAUGCUCAAAUUCUUAAAGUCAUUGAAGCAUAUUGCACAAGUGCCAAAACACGUCAAACACUAAAUUCAACAUGGCAAGGCACUGACCUGAUGCAUAAUCACGUCUUGGCUGAUGAUGACCAAUCAAGUCUAGACUCCUUGGGUCGUCGCAGUAGUCUUUCUCGUUUGGAGCCUUCAGACCUCUCAGAAGACUCUGACUAUGACAGUAUAUGGACAGCCCAUAGUUACAGAAUGGGGUCUACAUCUCGUUCCCGUAAAGAAUCAGCUCCUCAAGUCCUGCUUCCAGAAGAAGAAAAAAUUAUUGUAGAAGAAACUAAAAGUAAUGGUCAGACUGUUAUAGAAGAGAAAAGCCUUGUUGACACAGUAUAUGCAUUAAAGGAUGAAGUACAGGAGUUAAGACAGGAUAACAAAAAGAUGAAGAAAUCAUUAGAAGAGGAACAAAGAGCUCGCAAGGACUUGGAGAAGCUUGUUAGAAAAGUUUUAAAGAAUAUGAAUGAUCCAUCUUGGGAUGAAACCAACUUAUAACCACUUUUUUUUUUUUUUUUUCCCCCUUCUUCUUUCUAUUGAAAGACCAGUUGUAAAACUGAGCUGGAAAGCCUUCUGACAUUAGUCAGUGUUGCAUCAAGAGCACUAUAAAACAGGAUUUAACUGGAUCUAGUGAUUUCUUGCUCUGAACAUACAGAAAGAGUCAAGCCAUUUACUGAAGCAAUCUGUACUUUAAGCAUGGAGACCAUGGAUCCUGAACUCUACUAAACUUAAUUUGUUUGCAUCCAAAUUACCUCAUUUUGCAGAAAGUGCAGCACCUGACUAAAAGUCCAUGUUUUUCAGUGGCUUUUUAAUUAAAUAUAUAUUUUUCUUGUAAAUAGCUGUAAUUUAGAAUGCAUAUGUGAUUGAUGUAUCAGGGCUGAUAUGUUGGGGUUUUUUUCUUGUGUUAUUAUAAUGUGUCACAAGUGUUAGAAUGUGGCAGAUGGCAGUACUGUCUUACCUAAGAAAGGUCAGAGUUCUUUGUGGAUAAUUAUGCAUUAGUUCCAAAUUACCCACUCACCACACAUACAAAUUUAAACCCCUAUUUUUCCUAUUUACCACUAUAUUUAAAUCCUUUACUGUUACCUGUUACUUUGAUCAGUUUACAGUUCCUUAAGAACAGUGUUAAAAUACAGGAAAUUGUUUAUUGACUGUAGAAACAACUUUUUAACAAAUCUAAUGCCCACAAUUUACAUUCACAUAUACUUGUUUGGCAGAUUAAUCUAUUAUGCUUUGGCCACCAAAAGACUGAUGUACUUGCCUGCUUUUUAUGACUGUGAUUUUUAGGUGUUUAUGUACUACAUUUUCUAUUGUUGUGCUUAAACAUGCAGCUGGCUGAUAACAGAUCAUAGAGUUUGCUAAAGGAAAAAAAUCAAUCUAAUCCAGAAUUUUGUGAAUAAAUUGUUGCUAUUUAUAUUUUAUGGUCACAGCAAUUAAAUUUUGACUAACCUUUGUGUAUAAGACACAUGGGCUAGGCCAAAUUUCAUUCAGAGCUUUGUUUCCAUACCACUAUAUAAGACUCUAUUUGGAGUUCCCAUACUGUGGAAGCAGUCAUUCCUUUCCCACCCUCUUUUCUUUGCAUGUUGCUGAUUUCUGUCCUACUAGGAUUUAAAUGGAAAGAAAUGUGGAAGUAAGAUUUUUAUUUUUUUUAAAUCGUACUGUAAUUCAUAAUUUGCACUGCUGACAGAUUUUAAAAUACAUAAAGGAACAUUAAUUCCCUAGUCUGAUAGGUGCAAUCACUGCAGUUUCUUGUAUUUAAGAUAGGAGAUGAUACAUCACUGUAAAUGGUGAGCUUCAGAUGGAGCACUUAAAAUACUAAUCCCAUUAAAGCUCAUUGUUUUCAUGGAUUUCAUCCAACUUUGGAUUCAACUCCAGACAGUGCAGCUUUCUGAGGGGUUUGUGUUCAGUUGAGUCAGAAGUGCAGGUAUAGCACAGACUUGAGUCACAACUUUUGUCAUUCUGAUUUUCUACUGCCCUUUAACUCCUGGUAAAUGUAAUGCUCAGACUUAAGCAAAUGUUUGUACGAACUUUAGUGAGUUGGAGCCAGGAUGAUUUGGGUUGUAAGAAUUGUCAUGCACAUUUUGAAUCUAAUGAAAAACCUACUUUUAAAGCUCCCCACUUUUUUCAAUCAAGAACAGCAUUCUUUUAAUAGGAAAUUCUGUCAAUGAUUACAUACUUGAGAAACAAAUCUGUGGGAACGGAUGCUUCAUAACCUGAGUAGACAAGUUGUCUCUUUUAGAAAGCUGAAUAUAUUUGUAGGUGUCUCAUGUUCCUGCAAUUUAAAAAUGUUUUCCUUUAAUUCUAAAGGAGGAGAAAAUGAAAAACAUUUACAUUACCAGAGUAUUAUAUAUACUCACAGAACUUUAAAUUUGUUAAUUCUUGAUACCAAAAUCUUUCCUUGAUGUUUGCGGUUGCACAAAAUUGUGGGCUGACAUUUUAUUUAUCUUCACAUUUAGAAAAUAUCCUUGCUAAAAACUAAGUGAUACUAACCCCUGUAAAUGCAUACUAUCAUGGCCAAAUUUAUAGUUGGGAAAAUCAAUAUAAUUAGAAUUUUGCUAACAUUUUCACUUUCAGACAUCCAGAGUAUUUUCAGAGUAAUUUUUAGUUUUCAAUUGAGCAUAUGCAAAAGGAUAUUCCAGAGGAAGAGAUAUAAAAGGAAAACAUUAACCUUAGCAGUAUUUAGCAAAUAUUAACUCAGGAACAACUUCCAUCAUAACAAUUUGUUUUACAUUAAUUAUAUUGUGAAGAGUGGUGUUGCUAUGUAAAUCUGCUGACUCUUAGUACCUGUGAUAUAAUUUCUGACAGUACCCCUACAUUGACAUCUAAUGAACAUGCCUUAAACACUGGGAUGAAAUAGUUGUCAAAUCUGACCACGACUUAGGGACUGAUUUUAUUCAAGGUGGAUUUGGAGGACUAAUUUUUAUGCAAAUACACACACAAAAUAGAAGAGGCAAAAAAGAAAACUGACCUAAUGUUGUAGGUAGCUUUUGUCUCUAGUGCAGAGAGCAGCUUCCGACUUUUGGGAAUCAAGAAGUACCUGAACUUGUUUUCAUUGGCAGUUUGUUACAGUGUAUAUAGAUUGUAAAUGUCACCAUGGACCUUCUGAAUUGUUGGAAAAUUUAUAUAAGCAUGGAUAAAUGGGGCACUGUUUAUUUAACCUAUUAAAGGGUUGUUUGUUUGCUCUCAUCAUUUAGGGAUGAGGAGAUGAAGCCAUUUCUUAUCCUGUAGAUGUGAAGCACUUUCAGUUCUGAGCUGUCCAAAAUGUAGCAUAACAUUUCUCUGUACUUACUGAUGUAUAUGUGUUUGUCUCACCAUGUCAUGACAUUCUAAAGAUUGAAAAACUGACUGCUUUUGUAUAAACCUUUUUAAUGCAAAUCAUUUAGGGAAUUUAGAGUAUCUGUUUACAGUGUCUGUGGAGAACUCUAGUUUAGAUGUCAAAAUAAUAUCCUGGUAUCCACUACUAAAUCGUUUAUGCUACAUUGUAAUUAAACCAUGAAUUUUUUCCCCUAC